AUGAAGUUCACCCUUGUAACAGUUGCAGGCUUCGCCACCGUUGCCAAUGCUUUCUCCAACUCGGCCUUCAUGGGAAAGACUUCCAUCACCCAGGCUGCCAAGUCCACUUCUCAAUUGGACAUGAAGUACAAGGUCGCUGUCGUUGGUGGAGGACCAUCGGGAGCCUGCGCUGCUGAGAUCUUUGCCCAAGAAAAGGGAAUCGAAACUGUCAUGUUCGAGCGAAAGCUUGACAACGCCAAGCCAUGCGGAGGAGCCAUUCCUCUUUGUAUGGUUGGUGAAUUCAAGAUUCCUGAGACUGUCGUUGACCGUAAGGUUCGCAGAAUGAAUCUCGUCUCCCCCAACGGUGUCGAAGUCGACAUUGGUUCCACUUUGCAAGCCGACGAAUACAUUGGUAUGUGCCGUCGUGAAAUUAUGGACAAGUACCUUCGUGACCGUGCCAUCGAAUACGGAGCCGAGUGCAUCCAAGCACUUGUCACCAACAUUGAUGUCCCAGCCGACCACAAGACCAACGACAAGUCCCGAUACACCAUCAGCUACUCUGAAUUUAAGGAGGGAUCUGCCGCCGGUGUUCCAGGAUCCAUGGAAGUUGAUUUGAUCAUUGGUGCUGAUGGAGCCAACUCCCGUGUCGCCAAGGCUAUGGAUGCUGGACAAUACAACUUCGCCAUUGCCUUCCAAGAGCGAAUCAAGAUCUCUGACGAGAAGAUGGCAUUCUACGAAGAAAUGGCUGAGAUGUACGUCGGUGACGAUGUCUCACCUGAUUUCUACGGAUGGGUCUUCCCCAAGUACGACCACGUCGGUGUUGGAACCGGUACCGUUGUCAACCGUCCUGCCAUUAAGCAAUACCAAAAAGCCAUCCGUGACCGCGCCGGAGACAAGAUUGCCGGAGGAAAGAUCAUCAAGGUCGAGGCCCACCCCAUCCCAGAACACUACCGCCCUCGCCGCAUCCAAGGACGCAUGUGCCUUGUCGGUGAUGCCGCCGGAUACGUCACCAAGUGCUCCGGAGAAGGUAUCUACUUUGCCGCCAAGUCUGGACGCAUGGCUGCUGAAGAAAUUGUCAAGCUCAUGGAAGGUGGAACCAGACUUCCAACCCAAGAAGAUAUGGAAAAGACCUACCUUGCCAAGUACGACAAGGCAUACGGACCUACCUACGCUGUCUUGGACAUCUUGCAAAAGGUCUUUUACUCCAACAAUGGAGCUCGCGAGGCUUUUGUCGAACUCUGUAACUCCAAGUACGUCCAACAAGUCACCUUCGACUCUUACCUAUACAAGAGAGUCCAAGGAAACAACCCUCUUGAUGACUUGAAGCUUCUUGGUGAGACCAUCGGAUGCUUGAUCAAGGGAUACGCUAACGCCAAGCCCGAUGCCGUCUUCUCCAACCCUGUUGAGUCCCAAAAGAGAUUGUAA